AAACCUGUCAACAGAUAGACGAAAUAAGACAGGGCUGCAUUUGCAUAUAUCCUUAUGCCUGCCUAUCCAUCACUUUCUUCCCCAUUCGCAUCGCUUUCGCUUCCAUGCUCUACUGAUGCUGAAGUGAGUGUUGGGUUUGCGUCUUUUUAGUACAUCUUCAUCACUCAUUCCCGCCUCUUCGAAUAGGCUCUGAGAAACAGCAUUUUCAAAUAGAUUUUUGGUUGAUUGCGAAACAUUCUGCCAAAGCGGUUUGUUCUUCGGGUAAUUUAUGUAGACAAACAGCAUUUGGUUCUUCUGUAGAGUAAAUGGCCGAUCAAAGAGGAGCGAUGAUCCUUAAACGAUCCAGCACUGUGUCAAUAAUUAGACUAAUUAAUUCCGCUUCAACAACCUCUCAUUGCCUUGUUCACAAAUAGGCUACUAAUACCAAUUUAGAUUUUAGAACAAUCAAAACAGAUAUUCUGAAUACAAGACAUUUAGUACGAAUAAAAUAACAAGGACCGAUCAUAGCCUAUCUAUUAAUUCCAAGUUAGCAACGAAACCUGCCUGUGAAGCCUAUUCCUGAAAAACGCCUAGGAAAGGAGAGCGACGUAUCCAAAAUCCAGCGCAUCAGCGUAGCCUACGGAGCACCAUUGAUAGUGUUCUUUGGAAGUGACAGGCUACAGUGUUUUGCCGUGACACAUUGUAUACGGAGAAGGAGUCGAAGAAGGAUAGGAGGCAGAUGAUAUUGGGCAGCAAAUCCAUUUAGGAAGAAAACCUGCCUGCCAUUCCCAAGAGCGAAGGGUGAUGAUCUGUUAAGACCACCAGUUUCUUGCUCACUGCUGACAGCAGCACUCAGGGGUGUCUGUUAAGACAUUGGAUGUGAAGUGGGCUUAUCUCUGGAGCCAGCUGACUCGAAUGUCCAGACGCCGGCAUGUUACACACCCGCAUUCUGAGCCUUGUCCACCCCUUCGCCGCCUCCUGCCUCUCCAUGUCCUUCUUCCUCCUCUUCCUCCUGGGGCUCACCCACCUUUCCCAGGCCGGCUCAGACCAAGCAGCACCCAGCAGCCCGCCCAGCAACUGCUCUGAUGGAGACCCCUGCUCUGAGGGCGUGGUCCUGCCCAUGUGGAACCCUCAGAACCCGUCAGUGGGCGACAAGGUGGCGCGGGCCAUCGUCUACUUUGUGGCUCUCAUCUACAUGUUCUUGGGCAUGUCCAUUAUUGCCGACCGCUUCAUGUCUUCUAUUGAGGUCAUCACCUCUCAGGAGAAAGAGAUCACCAUCAAGAAGCCCAACGGAGAGACCACCACAGCCACCGUACGCAUCUGGAACGAGACAGUAUCCAACCUGACCCUGAUGGCCCUAGGCUCAUCUGCCCCAGAGAUCCUGCUGUCUGUCAUCGAGGUGUGUGGCCACUCGUUUGAGGCAGGCUCCCUGGGCCCCAGCACCAUUGUGGGUAGCGCAGCCUUCAACAUGUUUGUCAUCAUCGCCCUCUGUGUGUACGUGGUGCCAGAGAACGAAACACGCAGGAUCAAGCACCUGAGGGUAUUCUUUAUCACAGCAACCUGGAGCAUCUUCGCCUACAUCUGGCUCUACCUGAUCCUGGCUGUCAUCUCCCCGGGGGAGGUGGAGGUAUGGGAGGCCGUGCUCACAUUCAUGUUCUUCCCCAUUUGUGUGGUUCAGGCCUGGGUCGCAGACCGACGCCUGCUCUUCUACAAGUACAUCCACAAGCGUUACCGUGUCGACAAGGCCCGUGGCAUCAUCAUCGAAACGGAAGGAGACGGCAUGUUCACCAAGAUGGACAUGGAGAUGGAUGGCCAGGGGGGCAACUCCCACCCCCACCCCAAAGAGGUGCUGGACGGCAUGCUGGAGGGGGUGGAGGAGGGCGGGGGGAUGGGCUCAGAGGAGGAUGAAGCUCGGAGGGACAUGGCCCGCACUCUGAAGGAGCUGAAACAGAGGCACCCAGACAAGGACACGGAGCAGCUGAUUGAGAUGGCCAACUACCAGGUUCUGGUCCAGCAGCAGAAGAGCAGGGCCUUCUACCGCAUCCAGGCCACACGCAUGAUGAUCGGUGCUGGGAACAUCCUGAAGAAGCAUGCUGCCGACCAAGCCAGGAAGGUGGUGAACUGCCAUGAGGCCAGUGGACAGGAGGAGGAUCCCCACACUAUUUACCUGCAGUUUGAACCCUCCCACUACCAGUGCUUCGAGAACUGUGGCUCGCUCAAGCUGUCUGUUGGGCGCCAUGGGGGUGAAAGCGGCUGCACUGUCAAGGUAGACUACCGGACCGAGGACGGCACAGCCAAUGCCGGCUCAGACUAUGAGUUUGCCGAGGGCACGCUGGUCUUCAAACCCGGUGAGACGCUGAAGGAGCUGACCGUGGGGGUUAUUGAUGACGACAUCUUUGAAGAGGAUGAGCACUUCUACGUGCACCUCAGCAACCCUCGCAUUGUGCACCGUGCCGAGGUGGCUGUCCUGGAGCCCAGCACCAUCACCACCACCAGCAGCAUGCGCAACCUCUCCCCCCACUUGUCCCCCAAAGCCGCCCUCGGCAAUGCCCACACCGCCACGGUAACCAUCUAUGAUGAUGACCACGCAGGCAUCUUCACGUUUGAAGUAAAUUCGAUGAGGGUGAGCGAGAGCGUGGGCACCAUGCAGGUGAAGGUGCACCGGAUGUCCGGGGCCAGGGGCAAAGUGGCCAUCCCUUACCACACCCUGGAGGGCACCGCCAAAGCUGAGGAGGACUACGAGGAGGUGGCCGGGAAACUGGAGUUCCAGAACGACGAGACCAUGAAGCUGUUGGAGGUGAAGGUCAUUGAUGAUGAGGAGUAUGAGAAGAACAAGACCUUCAUCAUCCAGCUGGGGGAGCCUGUGCUGCUGGAGAUUGGACGGAAACAUGGAGACUCCAAUGAGAACAAAUCACCCAACGAUGAGGAGGAGGUGUCCAAGAUGGGCUGUCCCAGCCUGGGAGAACACACCAAACUGGAGGUGGUGAUAGAGGAAUCCUACGAGUUUAAGAACACAGUAGAUAAGCUGAUUAAGAAGACUAACCUUGCUCUGGUGGUGGGCAGCAGUAGUUGGAGAGAGCAGUUUGUCAAUGCUGUCACUGUCAGUGCAGGGGAUGAUGAUGAGGAGGAGAGUGGGGAGGAGCGCCUCCCGUCCUGUUUUGACUACAUCAUGCACUUCCUCACAGUGUUCUGGAAGGUUCUGUUCGCCUUUGUCCCGCCCACAGAGUACUGGAAUGGCUGGGCCUGCUUCUUUGUGUCCAUCUCCCUGAUUGGUGUUCUGACGGCUGUGACUGGGGACCUGGCCUCUCAUUUCGGCUGUACAGUGGGGCUUAAGGACUCUGUCACUGCCGUAGUAUUUGUGGCACUGGGGACUUCCGUUCCAGACACAUUUGCCAGUAAAGUGGCGGCCAUCCAGGACCAGUACGCUGACGCCUCCAUCGGCAACGUAACGGGCAGUAAUGCAGUGAACGUGUUCCUGGGCAUCGGCGUGGCAUGGACCAUUGCGGCCGUCUACUGGAAGACCAAGGGAAAGAAGUUUCUUGUAGAGCCAGGUUCGCUGGCAUUCUCCGUCACCCUGUUCACCAUCAUGGCGUUUGUGUGUGUCCUGGUGCUGAUGUACCGCCGCCGGGCCGGCGUGGCAGGGGGAGAACUGGGGGGCCCGCGGACCGCGAAACUCCUCACCUCCCUCUUCUUUUUCUCCCUCUGGUUCCUCUACAUCAUGCUGGCCUCCCUGGAGGCCUACUGCCACGUGCCAGGCUUCUGAGAGAGAGAGAGAGAGAGAGAGCGAGAGAGGGAGCGAGAAAAAGAGAGAGAGCAAGAUAGAGAGAGAGGAGAAAGCUUGUCUCCUAUUGUUUACAUGUCUAUCCCUCUCCUUUUUGUGUACUUUUCUGAGUGUUUUAAAGUAUUUAUAUUGUUUAUUAUUAUUGCUACCGUGGAUGCUUGACUCUGAAGACUUUUACCCCAUUUACAAUGAAAUGGAUGGCAGCCUUAGCCAUUCUGUUGGACUGGCACCAGCUAAUGACUUGGUGUAUGUUUUCAGAUGACUUAUGCCUUGAGGCAUAGCUUUAUCUAAAUAGGCUGUCUGCACAAAAUGAGGGAAAUGAAAUGACCUUUGACUCUUCUGAGAAUGCUCCUAUUUUGUUUAUAGUCUAUCCUGAACACUUAGCUCUUUUAGCCCCACUGAUCGUCUCCUGCAUCUCUCCAUUCAGAUAGAGGAUGACCCUAAUCAACCAGUCAAUUUCUUGGAGAUGAUAGCACACUGACUCAGAAGAGCUGACCCAGAUCCUCCUUCUCCCCAUGUCUGAACAUGGUUCCUGGUUGACCAACUAUGUAACCCCUGAUGCCCCACUAGCACAGUCAUUCCCAUGAAGGUUCUCAGCCUCUGCCCUGAACGUUGACUACUACCCUCAGCCCAUCCUAACCCUCUUCUUUUUCAACAACGUUGUGUGCUUGUGUUGUGGACAUUUUCGAAAAGGAUUUUCGUUUUUGAAAAGUCAAGAUAGUCAAGAUGUUUGAACAAUGUAAGUGUUUGUAGAUAAAACAGUGCCAUAUUCUAUUUGAACAGGGUCUAAAAAUAACUUGUGAUAGGAGUUAAUGGGAUAACUACAGUUGGCAUGGUACUGCAUUAGAAUUAGUAGCCACUGAGGCCAAAACAUAAGGUCAGAUGUUAUUCAGGAAAUGGUGAUCAGUUGAAAAGCUGUUGGUGUUUGUUAAUAAGAUUAAUAUUACUAUUUAUCUCAAACUAUUUGUUGUAUAUCACGUCAAAGAAUAAUAUUACUACUAGGUGUGUACAUGUGAGAGCGUGAGUGUGUUUUGUUGUAUUGAGUGAAGAAUAAUUGUAUGAUAGAAACAUUUUGAAGUAUUGUAUGUAACAUUUUAAUACGGCUAUCCUCAUGAGUGAAAGUCUAGAUGUGAAUCCAAGCUGAACACAAUAACAUGUGAAUAUAUCACUGCCUGGUUCCCUGAUCCACACUCUGUCUGAGGACAACCUCAGUCUCAUAAGGACUUCUUCCAAGAUACUUUUUAUACAGGACACUAAUCUAUGUGAGACAAUCUCUGCCAGACAUUUUCAGCUUAAUUAAAGUGUGCUUUACAAUUUUAAUUUGAGACGAUGUACUGUAGAAGCACACUUUUUCCAAGGGUUUUGUAUGAGUGUGCGAGCGUGUGGAUGUGAAUCAUAAUUCAAGGUAUAUGUACUCCUUGUCUUCAGAGUUUGAUGAAAGGCAUGGCUUUAUUCCAUCCUAAAUGUUUACUCAACAUGGGGGUAUGGAUUUUAAUGAUGAAAUGUCUACACUUCUGAGUCCUCACAAAUCUUUUUGCAUUAUUCUCUGUCACAUUCAGGCUUUGAACAUAUUUCACCUACAUGACUAUGUCAAAGCACUGCAUAGAGGAGAAAAAAAGGUUUUAAAACCUAACGAUUCGUUCAUUUCCUAAACAUAGCACUUACGGUGUACAGUUUUUGAAAUGGCAACAAAUAAACAAAACUAUGAUGAUGCUGUAAUGAAAAAAAAGACCAAAACCAAAUGAUUGCCAAACCUUACUGUAAUUUGCAUAAGGAUAGUGUGUAGACUUUGUUUUUGAAAUGUAGGAUCCUCAGAUCCAUUCUUAUGAUUUCUAGAUGUAUUUAUAAUUACAUGAUCAUUGCUGCUUUUAUUUGGAUUAAUAUGCACGCUUAAUGUAUGAUCAGUGGAAAUAAAAGUUGUUUAUUUAUUAUUGUUCAAAA